UCGACUGCCCAGAGUCCGCGGCCGCGGCGCCCCGAGGAGCCGAGCAGCCAUGGCCUAUCACAGCUUCCUGGUGGAGCCCAUCAGCUGCCAUGCCUGGAACAAGGACCGCACCCAGAUCGCCAUCUGCCCCAACAACCACGAGGUGCACAUCUAUGAGAAGAGUGGGAACAAGUGGGUCCAGGUGCACGAGCUCAAGGAGCACAACGGGCAGGUGACAGGCAUCGACUGGGCCCCUGAGAGUAACCGCAUCGUGACCUGCGGCACAGACCGCAAUGCCUACGUGUGGACGCUGAAAGGCCGCACGUGGAAGCCCACGCUCGUCAUCCUGCGCAUCAACCGCGCUGCUCGCUGUGUGCGCUGGGCUCCCCAGGAGAACAAGUUUGCUGUGGGCAGUGGCUCCCGUGUCAUCUCCAUCUGCUAUUUUGAGCAGGAAAACGACUGGUGGGUUUGCAAGCACAUCAAGAAGCCCAUUCGCUCCACCAUCCUCAGCCUGGACUGGCAUCCCAACAAUGUGCUCCUGGCCGCCGGCUCCUGCGACUUCAAGUGCCGGAUCUUCUCAGCCUACAUCAAGGAGGUGGAGGAGCGGCCAGCACCCACCCCGUGGGGCUCCAAGAUGCCCUUCGGGGAGCUGCUGUUUGAGUCCAGCAGUAGCUGCGGCUGGGUGCACGGUGUCUGCUUUUCAGCCAGUGGCAGCCGUGUGGCCUGGGUCAGCCAUGACAGCACCGUGUGCCUGGCUGAUGCCGACAAGAAGAUGGCCGUCGCGACUCUGGCCUCUGAAACGCUGCCGUUGCUGGCCCUGACCUUCAUCACAGAAAACAGUCUGGUGGCAGCGGGCCACGACUGCUUCCCGGUGCUGUUCACUUACGACGGCACCGCGGGGACGCUGAGCUUCGGUGGGCGGCUGGACGUGCCCAAGCAAAGCUCGCAGCGCGGCUUGACGGCCCGCGAGCGCUUCCAGAACCUCGACAAGAAGGCGAGCUCGGAGGGCAGCACGGCAGCGAGCGGGGGCCUGGACUCGCUACACAAGAACAGUGUCAGCCAGAUCUCGGUGCUCAGCGGGGGGAAGGCCAAGUGCUCACAGUUCUGCACUACAGGCAUGGACGGCGGCAUGAGCAUCUGGGACGUGAAGAGCUUGGAGUCAGCCUUGAAGGAUCUCAAGAUCAAAUGACCUGUGAGGAGUCUGUUGCCCUCAUCCCAGCUGCUGAGGGAAGGGGGUCAGGGAGGCGAAGGAUCGCUUUGCUGAAUGUUCCUAGGGUACCAGUUCGGGUCCCCACAGGCUGCUCCCUCAGGUGGGGAGGGGAGGGGAGGGGCGGGAGGCUUACCUACUGAAGGAACAAUUGCCUUUUUCUUAAAGAAAUGCUUCCAUUUAUUGUAAAAAAUGUCCCCAAAGCACUCUGCUGGUCAUGAACUGCUUCAAAAUGUGGAGGUAAUAAAAAUGCAACUAUAGACA